ACGCAGACUAUACCGCAGUGGAUAGAGGUCGGAGUCUUCAGAUAUGUAACCGUUCUCCCUCCAAGAACGAUACCAAACGAUCGAACUCAGAGCAAGUAAUAUCAAAUCUCUCUUCAAUCAUCGCCAUGGAAGUUACCUUACCUUUCUCAACUUCCAUUUCCCGCCACUUCUCUGCAACUUCGACUCAUUCAACCGUCUCGUAUGCCGUCAUCUCCAACUCCAGAAGAUCAUCCGCCAUUUUCAAUUCAUUCUCUUCAGGAAACUCAUUCACUAGAGAGAUAUGGAGCUCGGUGAAUUCCAAAAACGUUAUUGUAAAGCGAGAGAUGAAAGGUGUUGUCAGGGCUGAAAUGUUUGGUCAGUUGACGAGUGGACUUGAAGCAGCUUGGAAUAAGCUCAAAGGAGAAGAGGUCUUGACAACAGAGAAUAUUGCGGAACCAAUGCGAGACAUCAGAAGGGCACUUUUGGAAGCUGAUGUAAGCCUUCCAGUUGUUAAAAGGUUUAUACAAUCCGUCAGUGACCAGGCUGUUGGUGCUGGUGUGAUUCGAGGAGUGAAACCAGAUCAGCAAUUGGUCAAGAUUGUAAAUGAUGAACUGGUUAAAUUGAUGGGAGGAGAUGUAUCUGAAUUGGUAUUUUCGAAAUCAAGCCCUACUGUAAUUCUAUUGGCUGGACUCCAAGGUGUUGGGAAAACGACGGUUUGUGCAAAGUUGGCAUUGUAUCUCAAGAAGCAGGGUAAAAGUUGCAUGAUGAUUGCUGGAGAUAUAUACAGACCAGCUGCAAUUGACCAACUCUCCAUUUUAGGCAAACAGGUGGAUGUCCCUGUUUAUACAGCAGAUGCUGGAGUUAAGCCAGCAGAGAUAGCUCGGAAAGGUCUAGAAGAGGCGAAGCGGAAUAAAGUAGAUGUAGUCAUCAUGGAUACAGCCGGAAGACUUCAGAUUGACACGCCAAUGAUGAAUGAAUUGAAAGACGUUAAGAAGGCACUAAAUCCUACAGAGGUUUUGCUUGUUGUGGAUGCAAUGACUGGUCAAGAAGCUGCAGGUUUGGUCACAACAUUCAAUCUUGAAAUCGGAAUUACGGGUGCCAUUUUGACAAAACUAGAUGGUGAUUCUAGAGGUGGAGCAGCCUUGACCAUAAAAGAGGUUUCAGGAAAACCAAUCAAACUUGUGGGACGAGGGGAACGGAUGGAGGACCUUGAACCCUUUUACCCAAGUCGCAUGGCUGGACGUGUUCUGGGAAUGGGAGAUGUUCUCUCAUUUGUAGAGAAGGCACAAGAAGUUAUGCGUCAAGAAGAUGCUGAGGAAUUGCAGAAUAAGAUCAAGAGUUCAAAAUUUGACUUUAAUGAUUUUCUCAAGCAAACUCGUGCUGUUGCACAAAUGGGUUCCAUGAGUCGUGUUAUUGGAAUGAUUCCUGGCAUGGGAAAGAUAAGUCCUGCUCAAAUUCGUGAAGCUGAGAAGAAUGUAAAGAUAAUGGAAUCUAUGAUUGAGGCCAUGACCCCUGAGGAAAGAGAGAAACCAGAGCUUCUUGCUGAAUCACUUUCUCGGAGGAAGCGGAUUGCUAAAGAUUCUGGCAGGACUGAGCAGCAGGUGAGCCAAGUUGUUGCACAACUGUUCCAAAUGCGUCUUCGAAUGAAGAAUCUGCUCGGUGUAAUGGAAGGCGGAUCUCUUCCUAACAUGAGCAAUCUACAGGAGGCUCUUAAAGCUGAACAGCAGGCUCCUCCUCCCGGUGCUGCGAAAAAGAGGAAAGCAGAAUCCAGGAAGCAGUUUACCGACAAAGGAGACAGUAGGACAAGCCCCCGUGGCUUUGGCGCAAAAACCUGAAACAAAAAAUCAUGCAAUUUUGGCCGGUCUAAUAUAUUUUGUUACCAAAUUACCUUUUACGAAGGUAAGCAUGUAUUCACACGCCUCUCAUCUUUCGCCAUUUUGUUUGGCUUCAGAGAGUUAAUUUGUAUUGAAGAAAUUAUUAUUUGUAUGUUAUUAUAACUCAUUGUUUUAA